AUCAAUCAAUUAGAUAUUUAUUGAAAGUUUAAUGGCGAAAUUGAGCGAAGUACCUCUCUUUCACCUCACUACAUUUCUCUCGCCUCGCCACAGCACAAAAGCUUGAAAACCCUAAUCAGACCAGUACUUUUUUUCUUUUUUCUCUUUUUGUUCUCUCUUCUUUUCAAUUUUACACCAAAACCCUUUUUUCUCUUUACUAUUCUUCCUUGUCUUGAAUGAAUCUUCAGUCUCUCAUUUUCAACAAUUAGUCGUCGAUUUCUUAACCAUCCGAUGGCCGAAGGCAAGCUCGACAUGACCGACGUUCUUGUUAUCUCGAAACCGUCCGAUCAAUCUUAGACUCCGAUAGGUUGUUUACAGCAAAAGAUUUAAGAAGGAAUAAUGAAAAACGAGAAGAGUUAUGUGCCACCACCUUAUAUUCCCAUUGGACAAUCGGAUUGUGACUUAGAAGAAGCAGAGACUGUUCAACGUGUUGAAGAUGCUGCUCCUUUUCAUCAAACGCAAUGGUCAUCUGGAAUCUGUGCUUGUUGCGAUGAUGUGCAGAGCUGUUUUGUAGGUCUCUUUUGCCCUUGCUAUUUGUUCGGAAAGAAUGCAGAAUUUUUGGGCUCUGGAACUUUGAUUGGAUCAUGCAUGACGCAUUUUAUUUUGUGGGCUAUUGUCAAUACUAUAUGCUGCUGCAUGACUGAUGGCAUUUUGUUGGGAUUACCUGGAUGCUUUGUCUCAUGUUAUGCUUGUGGUUACCGCAGGGCAUUGCGUGAAAAAUAUAAUUUGCAGGAAGCACCAUGUAGCGACUUUUUCACGCACUUUUUCUGCCAUUUAUGUGCUAAUUGCCAAGAAUACAGGGAGAUUCGAGAAAGGACUUGUGACUCUAAUCCUGCUGAUCUUAAGUUGCCAGUUGUCACAGCUCCUCCAGUCCAGACAAUGGAUUCGGGUACUGCAGAAUAAUAUGCUGCAAGAAAACCUCUGUCAGGGCCAGCACAAUACUUGUUGCUAUGCUCCUAAUGUUGUAUGCCACAUUACCUUGAGGUAUAUUGUGCUUUAGAUUUACAUCACUUAGGCUGAUAUUUGGUGCUUAAAGCAUGUUAUCUUGAUGUGGUAAUAGUUGAUAAAGUGAAUUUUCUGAUAUUUUUGGUGUCAUCUCUGUCUCGAUUCCAGUUUUGAUGCACACGAAAAUUUAAAUUUAUUUGAAGUGUACAUCUUCGUGAGAAAGGGAGAAAUGUGCUCAACAUCUCGUUUUCUAAUGUGAAGUUGUGCCCUUUAAAAGUUGUAUUUAUGCAAUUAGGCCUAAUAGACACACAGCCUUAUGUCAGUGACCUGACUGAAUGGGUUGGCUUAGUCAGCAGACAUAUUGCAUUAAGGUAUUGUCAUGUAUGGAUAAGUUGUAGUGUCUUAAUCCUCUUACCUAGGCCAAAUCAUGGCUUAGUUUCGGUCCCCUGGAGGGAGGAGGAUUGCCCUUGUCUUAUAUUUUGAAUAAACAUAUUAUCUCGAAUCAA